CACGUGAAGGGGUGGAUUUAUCUGGACAGAAUAGUAGAUCCUUCCUCAGAAAAAAAAAAUGGAGCUAUUAUCUUCUUCACCAUUUUCAGCUGCAACAGUGUGUGUGUUGAGCGUGAUCGUUGCUGUGAUUCCGUUAUGGGCGGUGAAGAUGGUGAACACGCUUUGGCUUAGGCCUAAGAGGUUGGAGAAGCUUCUGAGAGCACAAGGUCUUCACGGUGACCCAUACUCCCUUUCACCUUCCACCUCCAACCAAAAUCAAAGUGAAGUGCAGCAACAAAAACCCGAUUCUGAAUCUUUUGCUCUCUCCGACGAUGUGGCGCCUCGUUUAUCCACCUCGCUGUACUAUACUAUCGCCAAAUACGGAAAGAAAUCCUUUUUCUGGGAAGGAAGAACACCAAAGGUUAUCAUUUCGGAGCCAAAUCAAAUCAAAGAAGUCUUUAACAACAUUCAUAACUUACACAAGCCAAAGUUAAGUGGCAAUGCUAAGUUCUUGAUGAAUGGUCUGUUAAGUUACGAGGGCGAGAAGUGGGCUAAACAUCGACGGAUUAUCAACCCAGCAUUCCACUUAGAAAAGUUUAAAAAUAUGAUACCAGCAUUUUCUCAAAGCUGCUAUGAUAUGAUCAGCAUGUGGGAGGGAAUGUUGUCAUCAGAUGGAAAAUGUGAGAUUGACGUUUUUCCUUUCCUUCAAAAUUUGAGUCGUGAUGCAAUUUCUAGAACAGCAUUUGGAAGCAGCUAUGCAGAAGGAGAGAAAAUUUUUCAACUUCUGAAAAUGCAGGGCUAUCUUGUCAUGAUGACAGCAAAGUACAACAACAUACCAAUAUUGAGGUAUCUACCAACAGCUAUCAACAAGAAGAUGAGAGCAGUUGAUAAAGAUAUUCAUGAUUCAAUUGAGGUUAUCAUAAAGAAAAAAGAGAAAGCCAUGAAGAAUGGAGAAACCUGCAAUGAAGAUUUAUUAAGCAUACUUUUGGAAUCAAAUAAAAUGGAAACUCAGGGACAUGGAAACGGUACGAGUGCUGGAAUGACUUACGAAGAAGUAAUUGGAGAAUGCAAGUUGUUCUACUUAGCAGGGCAAGAGACGACUUCAUCUUUGUUGGUCUGGGCAAUGAUUUUCUUGAGCAGGUAUCCUGAAUGGCAAGCACGAGCGAGAGAGGAAGUUCUUCAUGUUUUUGGAAACCAAACUCCAAAAUUUGAUGGUUUAAGUCAGCUUAAAGUUGUGACCAUGGUUAUAUACGAGGUUCUAAGGUUAUACCCUCCUACCAUUUUCUUCAAUCGCACUCUUCAGAAGGACAUGAACCUUGGAAACCUAUCACUACCUGCAGGAGUAAAGGUUGCGUUGCCGAUAUUUUUGCUUCAUCAGGACGGUGAUAUCUGGGGUGAUGAUGCGAAGGAGUUCAACCCUCAAAGAUUUUCUGAAGGAAUUGCUAAGGCAACAAAGGGCCAACUUUCUUUUUACCCAUUUGGAUGGGGUCCUAGAAUAUGCAUUGGCCAAAACUUUGCCUUGUUGGAAGCUAAGAUAGUGUUGUCAUUGCUUCUGCAGAAUUUCUCAUUUGAGCUUUCUCCUAAUUAUAAACAUGCUCCAACGGCUGUGCUUAGUUUGCAGCCAAAACACGGGGCACCUAUUGUUUUGCAUAAACUACAAAAUCCAUCUUAGCUUUUUACCUUUUUCAAAUAUUGGAACUGGAAUCACUGCUUGUGCAGCAAGACUAUGCAAAUGUACUCUUCAUUCUUACUUGGUUCAGUGUUUUGCAUUAGAUUUGCGUGUCUGGAGACUGUAAUAUUAGUAUAUCUUGUACUUGGAUUGAAAACCUUCUCUCAAAGAAUCUAGCAGUGCUGUGUAGCAUAUCUAUGGUUCGAUGCAGAACAAAAGGUAAUAUUAGUGUUUUGUCACUUUGUUUAAAUGCUGCCACUUAAUACUUUUCUA